AUGACUAGGAGGUCCAACAAGGACAACCUAGUUGAACAUCCAGAGAUAGACAAGCUUGAGAAGCAACUUAGGAAGCAAAAGCCCAAGAGAUGGCCGACGAAGCAGCUCGCGCUCACGCCGCUGAAGUGGCGCGCGCUCAAGAAGAAGGAAGAGAUCCACCUCCUCCUCCUCCUAAUCCACAAGACCCUGCUGGAGAUCACUACAAGAUCCAAUGGAGUCUCUGCUGACUACCUUAAGUGCAAGCUCUUUUCAUUCUCUCUUGGCGACAAAGCUUCAAGAUGGUUGAAGUCUCUGCCAGCUCACUCCAUUACCACUUGGGAUGAGUACAAGGCCGCUUUCAUCAACCACUUCUACACCAAGCAAAGAUCAAUUUCUGUAAGGAACAAGAUCUCCAACUUUCGCCAAGCCAACAAUGAAUCUUUCUAUGAGGCGCUAGAUCGAUUCAAGGAGUACAUUAGGGACUGCCCUAAUCAUGGUUUCAAUGAGGGAAACCUAUGGAACAUCUUCUAUCGUGGCAUAGACCACAAGUACAAGCUUUCAUUGGACACUGCAAGCAAUGGAAACUUCAUGACCAAGACUGUUGAUGAAGCUAAGGUUCUUAUUGAGAAUCUUGCAGCUAGUGAUUGUAACAACUGUCCUGAUUAUGACCGCUCAAGCCGCACCACUACUAGCUCCCCUGAUUCUUUUCAAAUGACUGAACUCAAGAACAUGAUGGCUCAAGUUCUUAAGGGACAGCUCAAGCAUAUCAAUGCAAUAGAAGGGAUGAGUGAUGCUAAUGAAGACCCAUCAAGAGAAUGCAUGGGAGAUUUCUCUAAUGAAGCCAAUGAAGAAGAUGUGAACUACAUUGGAAACUAUGGGAACAAGGGAUACAAUCCAAGCUAUCGCCCAAACCCCAACAUGUCUUAUAGAAACCCCAAUGUGGAGAAUCCUCAAGACCAAGUGUAUCCUCCAAGGUAUCCACAACAACAAAGACCUCCUUACCAAUCUCAAGGAAGUCAAUUUCAGCCAAGGCAAGGAUAUGAGCAGAGAUCAUCAUAUCCGCCCAAGGAGCCAUAUGCUUCUUCACCAAAUCAAGCUCCUCCAAACCAACAAGGUGGGAGAUUUGAAGGAAUCCUCCAACAGAUCAUGGAUGGCCAGAAGAGAAACAAAAGAGAUGUAUGA